UUUUCAGUGCAGCGGAGUCAAAAUCCCAGUCUUUGACUCCAGUCUCCGGGCAUAGGAGAUCGAAAAGACUGCAAAAUGGGCUUCGUUAAAGUGGUCAAGAAUAAGUCCUACUUCAAGAGAUACCAGGUGAAGUUCAGAAGGAGGAGAGAGGGAAAGACAGACUAUUUUGCCCGCAAGCGCCUGGUCAUCCAAGACAAGAACAAGUACAACACCCCCAAGUACAGGAUGAUUGUCAGGUUCUCCAACAGGGACAUCAUCUGCCAGAUCGCCUACGCCAAGAUCGAGGGGGACAUGAUCGUCUGCGCUGCCUACUCCCAUGAACUGCCCAAGUACGGGAUCUCCGUGGGGCUGACGAACUAUGCCGCAGCCUACUGCACUGGGCUGCUGCUGGCCCGCAGGCUGUUGAACAAGUUUGGCCUUGACAAAGUCUACGAGGGCCAGGUGGAGGUGACUGGAGAUGAGUUCAACGUGGAGAGCAUCGAUGACCAGCCUGGGGCUUUCACCUGCUACCUGGAUGCUGGGCUUGCCAGAACCACAACUGGCAACAAAGUGUUCGGUGCUCUCAAGGGCGCUGUGGAUGGAGGACUGUCCAUCCCUCACAGCACCAAGCGGUUCCCUGGCUAUGACCCUGAAAGCAAAGAGUUCAACGCAGAGGUCCACCGCAAGCACAUCAUGGGCAUCAACGUGUCCGAGUACAUGAGCUACCUGAUGGAGGAGGAUGAGGAGGCCUACAAGAAGCAGUUCUCCCGCUUCAUUAAGAACGGCGUCACCCCUGACUCAGUGGAGGAGAUGUACAAAAAGGCUCAUGCUACCAUCCGUGAGAACCCAGUCCAUGAUAAGAAGCCCAAGAAAGAAGUCAAAAAGAAGAGGUGGAACCGCGCCAAGCUCUCUCUGGCUCAGAGAAAGGACCGUGUUGCCCAAAAGAAGGCCAGCUUCCUCAGGGCACAAGAACAGGAGGCUGGCGACAGCUAGAUCUGCAUUCUCUGUUCUUAUGCAUGGCACAAACACACUCUAUUCGAAUAAAUCUGUUCGAAAAGGC